CUUCGUUCAGCAACUAUGCCAACGUUCCGUAGACGUUUGGGACGAUCCGUCCGGGUGGAAGUGUUCCGCGAGUACUGUGCCAACAGCUCCAUCCACGGUGUACGAUACUUCGAUCGUGAUGAACGUACGACCUGUGAAAGAUUCUGGUGGCUAGUGGUCUUUCUACUCUCUAUGUUGGGCUGUUGCGUGAUGAUAUACAAGACAUACGUGAAGUGGAACCAAGCUCCAAUCAUUGUUACCUUUUCGGAGAAAACCACUCCAGUUUGGGAUAUUCACUUCCCCGCAAUUACUAUCUGUCCCGAGACAAAGGUGCACACAAAAACGCUUAAUUUCACAGCCGAAAUGAACGCACUGCUGGAAGAUUACAAUUACAUUAACGGAACAUCCGACCGCGAGUCCAUCGAUCAGUUGAAAGCCGUCGCUCAGUUGUGCAACACGUUGUUUCAUUCAAAAUAUAACUUGUUGCAGUACUUAAACGAAACGGAUGAGGACGUCGUUGGCAUGCUGAAAAACAUGUCCUUGUCACGCCACGGUACACUUGGGUUGUGUCAGUACUGCAACCAGUACACAAUUUGUGGAGAACAUUUGAAAGAGACGCUCACCGAGGAGGGUUUCUGUUACACCUUCAACAUGAUGCCGGAAGAGGACAUCUUUCGCAAAAGCUCACUCCACGCGGACUAUACGUACACGGAGAGUUGGUUCUCAUUUUCGGAAAAUGAAACAUUGGCCCCACUGUACGCACGAGGUGCAGGUCUGCAUGCUGGGCUUACAUUGUUCCUGCGACAAAUCAAGGAAGAUGUGGACUACAUGUGCACGGGAUUCUCGCAAGGGUACAAGCUUAUGAUUCAUGACCCGGGCGAGUACCCGCAGGUGUCGAUGCGCAACAUGCGCAUUCCCUUUGGUCACGAGAUCUCGAUCGCGUUGAAGCCUCAAAUGAUGAUCACUUCCCAAUCGGCCGCCGAUUUUAGCUGGGAGAAGCGUCAGUGUUUCUUCAAUCACGAGCGUUACCUUCGCUACUUUAACAUCUAUAACCAGGAAAACUGCGAACUAGAAUGCUUGACCAACGUGACGCAGGCAAUAUGUGGAUGUGUUCGCUUUUCUAUGCCACGAUCAAACGACACCAAGGUUUGCCCCUUGUCGAUGUUUCACUGCAUGUCCGAUGUCAAAUGGAUUGUGUAUGACAUUGACGAUCCUGAACGUCCAGUCAACGAAGAGAUCACGGCAAUGGUCGACAGAUGUAACUGCUUGCCAGCAUGCAGCUCAAUAUCUUACGACGUGGAAACUACGCAAACCACACUGGAUCUGGAAAAGUUUCUGCGCGUCAACCAUGAGUAUGAUAGGUCGGACAAGUUUUACAUCACAACGAUAGCGAUCUACUUCAAGGAGUCGUACUUCAUCACCUCCAAGCGAUCGGAGCUGUACGGAUGGGUAGACUUUCUUGCAAAUUGUGGUGGACUGCUAGGCCUCUUCAUGGGUGUAAGCAUAUUGAGUCUAUUGGAGUUAUGUUACUACAUUACGAUUCGACCAUUUUCAGUUAGAAGUAAAAUAGCCAGUAUUGAAAAGCGAGAUACAAACGAAGUCCAGAAUGUCAUGCUUCCCGUUAUCACCAAGCGUGAAUAGCCAGU